AUCUAAAAACAAAUAUGUACGGAGGUGUGGAUGUCGUCAUUCUCACCAAAUAAGAGAGCACUACACCAGAGACGAGGUCAGGCUUAAUUUGCCAAUACAAUCCUGCGUUGCGUCUGACAAACUUCCUAUAUAACCCAAGAAAAGUAAUCGGCCCAUAGGGACAAAUCUUCCUUAUAGUCUGAUAAGAAGCCUUUCACUCACACUCUCUAUCAUGAACGACCUCUCUGCAGUGUGGAGUAUUGGCGAUGGCUCAAUCCAACAAAGCACCUUCAUCCUCUCCGGUUUCUGUGAUAGGGUCUCAAUUCCUGGCACCACAUCAACUCGAUCUUAUAGUUGAUAGAAUUUCAAGCGGAAUCCUUUUGAUUACAGAUAUUAACCAUAAAAUCAUGUUCAAAGUGAAACCAUGCGACUCGUUCUUUCAUGAGCAGCGAGUACUACUCGAUAUUGAUGACCAACCCAUCGUUGUGAUGCGCAAUAAGAGCAUGACUGUACACGAUGGAUGGUAUGUAUUCAGGGGUGACAGUGAAAGCAAAUCGGAUAUGAUAUUUACCAAAAAAAAGCAUUGCGUGAUCCAGCUGCUUAAGAGUGAUGUAAACGUGUUCUUGGCAAAUAAAACCAGUAGUAAAAAUGUUUGUGAUUUCAAGGUCGCAGGAAGCUGGUCGAAGAGAAACUGCACUAUUUAUAUGGGAGAUACUUCAACCACAAUAGCCCAAAUGUGCAAAAUGCAGUCAUCGGAGAAUAUUAUAAAGUUCGUUAAUGAGAAAUUCAAGGUGACCAUUUCUCCCAAUGUGGACUUUGCGUUUGUGAUCACAAUUAUAGCAAUUGUUGAGGCUAUGGAAGACUCCGACAAAAAAAGUAAAGGUGUUGUGCAAGUUGUUGGAGGUGUGACUAACGUUGUUGGCAUAAUACUCCUUUUAUAGUCAUAUUAGUUGCAUUCUCUAUUCCUAAAUUCUUCCAUGGAUCAACGGGUUUAUAUAUGGUUUAUCCGGCAAUUCGUAUCAUCUUUUCAAAUCGUGAUGGAUAUGGUAUGAUUACCAUGAUAGGCUCAAAUUAUGUUUCCUUAAUUGUGUUAAUUAGAAGUAAUUAAGUUAUGGGAAGUGAUAUAUCCACGAAUGUUUUUGAUUCAUCCACAGGAUUUUUAAGUAAAUUGACAAUUUUUAGCCCUACUUACUUAUCCCUUCCCCCUCCUCUUUGUUUGGUCAUCCCUUCAGCCAGUAAAAGGUAACUGAUUUCAUGCUUAUUUUCAUUUGUCACCUGAGAGAGAUCUUAAUAACAAGAUAAUAACAAAACCGGCGAAACCCACUUCAAGAAACACACAAUCCUCACAUUCCAGCAAGAAAGUCAAAGAAGCCAGCAAAACUCUGGCGAGAAAAUCAUUGUGUUUACCAAACUGAAAGUGGGUUCUCCCGAACCAGCAUUGAGCAAAAGGAUCGUUCAUAAUUCAACAUUUUACAUAGAGAAAGAAACUGUCAGAAAGCUUUGCGAUUGUGCUUUGUAAUUGUGCAUUUUUUGCUUGAUUUUACCCAUCUGCAACUGCUUUUGAUAUGUGAUCUGUAACGGUGUUUUUUUUUUGCAUCUGAAAAUAGCUUUGCUAUGGUCACUGAAACUUAGUUGAGCCCACCACCAGAUAUGGCGAUUAAGAUAGAGGAUGAGAGUUGCAGAUCCAACCACCAAACUCUAGCAAUUGUUCAUGGUAUUUGGUAAUUAGAGGCUGUGAAUGUCUUCUUCCAGUAAACAUCGCCUUCUCCGGCGAACCUGUUUUUUCUCUGGCAACUUUAUGGGUAUUGGUUAGAGUGUUUCCGGCUGCUUCCUAUGUAUUCUUGAUGGUGCAAGGGUUUUGACAAUGAUGUUGUAGUGACGGGCGACAAGAGGAGUAAAAAGACGCGGGGUAAAUCGAGGAGCUGGAUUUAAGAAAGGGAAACGUAAGUUAGAGUUUUAUUGGUUUUUUUUGUGGGGUGAGAGAAAGGAAAGACCGAUCAAAGAGAAGGUGGAACGGAGAUAAGGGGGACAAGGGUAGGGGCAAAACUGUCAAUUUACUUACAAAUUAUGUGGAUGUAUCAAAAACAUCCGUGGAUAUAUUAUAGAGAAAUUUACAAAAAUAGCCAUUUACACUAAUGGUAUUAUAAAAAUAGCCAAAAAAAAUCGAAAUUACAAAAAUAGCCAACGAUUUCGCAGAUGGAGAUGCCCCAUCUGCGAAAUGACCUUCUCAUCUGCGAAAGUACAAGCACCUAAACCACAGCUGUGCUUUAGGUGCUUGUACUUUCGCAGAUGAGAAGCUCCAUUUGCGAAAUACCCUAGUUUUUGACUAUAUAAACGUUUUUUUUUUCUCCAUUUUUCACCCUUCUCUACACAAAAACUCUCUCUAUCUUUGGGCUUCUCUCGGAAUUUUGGCUAGUUUUUGAAGAAAAUGGAGGAUUAUGUCAACAAUCCCGCAAAUAUGCAUGAUUUAAGUUUUAUCAAUAUGAAAGCCUUUGCGAACUUAAAAGGCUCGGGCGGUAACAUAUGGGAAGUAUUUGAAGUUUUAGAUGAUGUCAGACCUGCCAUUUUCAGAGAUACCGUAUUUGGUUAUUUUUUUGAUGUCCCUCGUUUACAAGGGGACGCAUUAUUGUUUCAUAAAAUGUUCAUUCAUCAGAUCCGGCCGGACCCUUUUAUCUCCAGAUGGAAUAAAACGAUUAUAUUUUCGAGUAGGCAAUACGAAAAUGGUUUAUGGGCCGGAAGAGUUUUGUUUGAUUACCGGCUUCAAUUUUGGGGAGUAUCCAAAAAACAUUGGGAGAAAAGGGUUGGAAAAAUUAUUAAGCAGUAAAAAAAGAUGUUUAUUGCGUGAACGGCUAUUUCCGGACCAUACUAAUAGUUCGGUGAAAAUCGGCGACCUGAAACGUUUAAUUUUAAAUCGAACAUUCCUAGCACUUGACGACGUUGAUGCAGUUAGAGUAUGUUUGAUAUACAUUUUGUGUGAAGGUUUUUUGGGUAAAGAAGUUAAUGAUCGGGUGCCACAAGAUUGGUUUUUUUUUGCUGAGAAUUUGGAUCUAUGGAACAGCUUCGCUUGGGGUAGCUAUCUCUGGAAUUUUACUUAUGUUGACCUUGAGGAUACAUGGAACAAAAUACAUAAUUAUUUAUCACUUUCUGAGCGUGGUCAAACUUUAAAGUACUCCGUCUCAGGAUUUACGGCUCCAAUAAAGGUAUAAAAAUUUUCAUAUAUUUAAAUUGUUUUAUUGUUAUGUUUUUUAUUUUAAUUUUAAUUUUUAUUACUGUAAUUGUAAAAAAUUGUAGAUAUGGAUAUAUGAGAUGAUUCCGGCUGUUCGUGCAUGUGGAUUUGCAUUGAGAAAAAAUAAAGACUUGCCUCGGAUGAAACGAUGGAGUGGAACAAAAAAAUUAAAAUGGGUUGACGUGAACAAGAUUUGGUCAAAGAUGCAGGAGGGGCAACCACCAAGACAAAACAUGUUACCGGGUGAUGGUGAGAUGACAUCUUUUUAUUAUAUGUCAUUUCAAGAGUAUGUAUAUGGUGAAGGGAAAGCAGUUCCAUCCCCAGUACGGGACCAUUUUAGGAGACAAGACAAAUCUUCGUCUAGUAUGUCGUCCAGUGGUCGUUCUCAUGGUAGAGGUCGGGGCAAUGGGAAACACAAACUAGACGAGGUGUUGAAACGGCUACAUGCACUGGAACAACAUGUCUUUACGAAGCAAAAACCUAGAGAGGUUUUUGUUGAAGAAGUAAAUAAUGAAGAAUUUUGGAAUGACAUCAGUUUUGAGGAGCCUGGAGUAUUCCAAACAAAAUAUGAUGAACGAGUUAGUUACACGCUACAUUAUUUUUUAAAUUUUAUUAACAUAUAUGAAUACCUGUGUUCAUAUUUUAUAUUUGAAAAUAUAAGUUGUGCAAGAUGAAGUGAUGAAUAAAAACAAUACAACUGAAAAUGUUUUGGUGAUAUUCAAGACGACAAGGUUGUUAUAGAUAUUACCUUUACGAUUUUAAUAAUUACUUUUUAAUAAAGUGUCUUUCGUUAUUAAGUAAAAAGUUAUAUUUUUAAUGUAGGUGUUGGAGGAGAGGAAUGAGUAUGCGGGGAACAAAUUUGAUGAUGAUGUGUUUGAUGUAAAUGAUUAUAGUGAAGUUAAAGAGGAGUGGGAGGAGAGGAAUGACAAUGCGGGGAACAAAUUUGAUGAUGAUGUGCCGGACGAAGACGAACUAAUAAUAACGGGAAUUGUAGAUUAUUUUGAUGAUGAUGAUGGCAAAGAAGUUACACCCGAUAAACCGAGGACUCGAAAACCAUCACAAUAUUUGUGCCCUCCUUACACCGAGUUGCACACGACACCGAAGCCAAAAAGAAGAACAAAAAAGAAGGUUGAUAUCAAAUCAACAAGCUCCGUUCCUCCUCCAGUUUUUGGUGUUGCUCAUGACUUCUCCAUGUUGCGCCUGCAACCUUACGUAGCAUGCAACCUUACGUAGCAGGCGGUGAGGUUGUCAUCCAAAAUUAUAUAUUUCAUUCAUAUGAUGUCCAGCAUCAUUUGUUUAAUUUCAUGUUAGAUAGAGAUUUUUGGAGCUUAUUGUUUGGGCAUACACACGAAGGAUGGUUGGAGUCAGCGGUAAAUUAAUUGUUAAUUUAUUAUUUUAAAAGUUAAUUGUUUUUUAGUCAAUAACAAAACUAUCAUGUGUGCAACAUAUAACCAUUUGGUACCGACUAUUGAUGGAGAGACGGUUUGAGAGCAACCGACAUACAAUAAUGCCUCCAAAUUUUUUUGUUUCUCAUGCUUUGGAAGAAGGACAGGACUGGAGGGCAUUUAUGACUGGUAUUGCUACAUACCCCAACUUCAUGGUUGCUUGGUGGGAUGUUGAUACGGUCUUAUUGCCGAUUCAUUCAUCCCCUAAUCAUUGGCUAUUUGGGGAACUACGAUUAGCGUCAAUGGAAGUGCAUAUUUAUGACAGUCUUGGUAGAGGGGCUUAUGAAAAAUUCAAAUAUAAAGGAAUCUUUUCCAAAUUUGAACGUCGGGUGGCAAAUUAUUUGGACAAGAUUAAGUAUUGGGCCCGGAGGAACAUCCCAAGGAUUCCAUUGAAUAUGCAAUUCAUUUAUGAAGAAAAUGUUCCCCAACAAAGUAGUCAUUUGGGAGAUUGCGGUGUUUUUGUUUGUAUGUUUAUGGAGCAAUUGGUUUCAGGUCAACCAAUACGUGUUCUUAUUGACCCAAAGAACGCAGCUUUAGAGUUCCGUCUACGGAUGGCAAAAAUUAUUUGGGGGUCUAGUCUUGGUCCUAUGUAGUUGGAUUAUAUAAUUGUAUAUAUAAAUUAAUGUUGGAUUU